AUGGAUGAAGGAUAAUUUCAAAUUCAAACCAACUAAAUUUGUUUAUGUUCACUAUCUCAGGCUCUCAAAUUUGCUUGCUGACUUGUAUUUAUUGUUCAUGCUCCAUUGCAGCCUGUUACAGAGUUUGAGAGAUUUUCGGUGGAAGAUCAGCCUGGUCAGCAGUGGAUUACACUGAGGGCCAAAUCAGCUGAGGAUGAGAAUAUUAAGAUCGAAGCAACCAUGUUCGAUGGUUCCAUCCUUGAACCAAAAUCUGACGAUGAGGACACUGAGGAAGUCGUGCGGCUUCACAUUAGCAUGCUAGUUGAUAUAUGGAAAGGAAAAGAAACUGAUUCCAUGGAAUUUGUCUGCUCAGCAUGGCCCGAUUCUCUGGAGAUUCAGAAGGUUUACAUGUUCAAGCGAGAUAACUCUCCAGCUCAACCUUACAUGGGUCCCGAUAUGAAGAAUUUGAGCUAUAAGCUACAAGCUGGAUUUUAUGAGUUCCUGAAUGAUAGAGGGAUAAACAGUGACCUUUCAAAAUUCCUGCAUCAAUAUAUGACGAACAAAGACAGAAUCGAGCUUUUACAUUGGUUGGGGAAAGUCCAAUCAUAUAUCGAAAAAUAGGAAAGUCUUGUUGAUCCUUCUGUUUGUCAUCCAAAAAUAAUUAGGAUGUGGAAUUGGAUUCUUUUGGGUUUAUGGCAUCUGUUUAGCAAUUGAAGAAUACAUCUUUCUGUUUUUUCA